AGGCUGCUGCAGAUCCAAUGUCCUCCUCUGAUGCACCAGAAGAUGGCCCAAAGGAAACAUCAAGUGUGUCACAGAAUAUCUGCUUCUGGACCACUUGAGACCUCUGCUAACUUGUGCAGCAGCUUGCCAAAGAAAGAGAGUUGGUUGGAAACAAAACUCUGCUUUCCUGCUUGAUGCUUUUUUCUUUUUUUCCUAAGAUACAUUACAAAUUAAAGAUGAUGCAAAGUUACUGUUUUUUUUCUAUUGAUGUAAAACUGAAGCUUCUCUAUCUCAGUUAAUGAGGCUUUCUGGCAUUUAACAAGCAACUGUGAUGGAACUGACAGACCUUCCAAUUUUCCAUGGCAAGUUUAACAUAGAUAGGCUAAACUACGUUGUGCAUUUAGUCUUAAAUAGUUUGUUGUUGAAACUAGAAGAGGAGUGAUUUGUUUCCUGACCUGAGUACCUCUUAAGGUUUAAUUUUCAAUUGUAUAUUUAUCCUUACUGUGUUAACCACAGAAAAGGCUAAGACUGGUACCGUAGGUGUCCUAUAUGUGCCAGUAUGUGUAGGUGACUUUACCAGGGUACUCACACCAGUGUACAUGUGUUGCUAUCAUUCACACAGAUAAAAUCCCCCAAAGGAUGCUUUUGGUUUAGUAUUUAAAACAUGCUAUUUUAUUUUAAUUUUUCCCCUUUAAAUUUAGUGUAUAUCUUUUCUAAGUAUUCUUUGCUUCUCUAUCCACCUCACCUGCCACACAGCUUCUCUCUUUCCCUUACUGAACUGCGUGGACAACCUGUCCCAGUGUCCACAGGGUAGGAAACCUGGACUGAGACCCAUGCUUGGAGGCAGCCUCUCCAGUGGUGGCACUCUCAAUGAUGUAGCCUCAGAAUUGAAUCUGAUGCAGAUGCAUUUAAAAUUCUCCUGGAGAUGAAAAUGAAGAAGAGGCAGAAGCAGCCUGCUUUACCAAGCACUGUGACUGAGCUUGGCACUGAGGAUGGUUCUAAAGUAUAUGUGGUUGGGACAGCCCACUUCAGUGACAGCAGCAAAAAGGAUGUAGUGAAGACAAUACAAGAAGUGCAGCCUGAUGUAGUUGUGGUGGAACUAUGCCAGUAUAGAGUUUCCAUGUUAAAAAUGGAUGAAAAGACAUUACUGAAAGAAGCCAAAGAAAUAAAUCUGGAAAAACUUCAACAAGCUAUAAAGCAGAAUGGAGUCAUGUCUGGAUUGAUGCAAAUGCUGCUUCUGAAGGUUUCUGCUCACAUCACAGAACAGCUGGGAAUGGCCCCAGGAGGAGAAUUCAGGGAGGCUUUCAAAGAGGCCAGUAAGGUACCUUUCUGUAAAUUCCAUCUUGGAGACCGACCCAUCCCUGUUACAUUUAAAAGAGCAAUUGCUGCACUUUCUUUCUGGCAAAAAGUCAAGCUUGCCUGGGGCCUUUGCUUCUUAUCUGACCCAAUCAGUAAAGAUGAUGUGGAGAAAUGCAAACAGAAGGAUUUACUGGAGCAGAUGAUGGCAGAAAUGAUUGGAGAAUUCCCUGAUCUUCAUCGAACGAUUGUCUCAGAACGAGACAUUUACUUGACCUACAUGCUGAAGCAAGCAGCAAAGCAGAUUGAACUACCUCGAGCUUCAGAAACUGAACCUAGAAAAUACAUCCCAGCUGUUGUAGUUGGUGUUGUUGGGAUGGGUCAUGUACCUGGAAUUGAAAAGAACUGGAACUCUGACUUAAACAUCCAGGAAAUAAUGAGUGUGCCUCCUCCGUCAGCUUCAAGUAAGAUUUUCAAAUUUGCCAUAAAAGCAACAGUUUUUGGACUGAUGGGAUAUGGCUGCUACCGAAUAGGUCAAAGGACAGUUCAGUUUAUCCUCUCAAUGCCAGCAGCACAGAGCUAUCUUCAGAAGCUGACAGAAAUAAGAUCUCAACAUUGAACAUCGAGUGGAGGCACUGUGAAGAAGAUGGCUGACAAAGGGUGAUAGAGGCAACAAGUGAGAACGGGAAUGAAGGAAGGGUGAGAUGAGAGUUCUAGACCCAGAGAUGAUUGAUGCUGAGCAACACUAAAUCACUGUAUGAUAAAAGACUUGAUCCUAAAGUUACACCAGCUAUGUUCUAAUGAGUAAGUUUGAUUCCUGAUGUGUUGCAUGAAACCAUGUGAUUCCAGAUUGAGGUAAAAGAAAUGUACACAAAUAUAUUAUAUAUGCAUACUGUAUAUAUAAUAUACAUAUUACUGGUGAUGUAGUACAGACAGCUUGAAGAGUGUAAGUUCACGACUUCUUUUCCAGAGGAACAAUAGGAAGUAACCUAAUUGGCUGCAUCUACUCCAAAGUUCAGGGAAAUUUGUCUUGAGUGAUUCUUUGCUUUUUUGUUCCAUAGGUAUAAUAAUACCUAGUGGUCAUUUCUGGUGCCAGACACUUUUACAUAUAAUUUAGAAGGACGUCUUCUCAACGUGUGUUUUUAUACUGAAAACAUUUAGGCUUUUUUUAAACUUGAGCUUUCAAAAAGAUUUAAGAAUUGUACAGGCUGUCAUACGUACACUGCUCAAAUUUUUUUACAAGCCUUACUGAAGAACAGGAACGUUGCCUUUAGAUUGCAUCCCUUGUUACCACCACCACUUGAACCGUCUUUCUCCUGCACAGAGAAGGUAUAGCCACGCCAUCAGAAUGCAGUGUGGUUUGUCAGAUGUUUACAGGACAGUCUGUUCCUUUAGAUUAGCUUAUUUAAACUGUAUUAUUUAGCCAAAUCCUGCUGGAUUCAGUAUUGUAAAUUUAAGAGACUAGAACUACUGUACAAUUUACUUUUGUUUCUCAGACCAUUCAUUCAUUAGGGCGAAGUCUGGAAUUAAGAGUACCUGCCCCUCAUUUUUCAUACACAAAAAUACCUUAUUUAUCAAUGUAAUUUCUCAGUGAAUUAAUAUUUUAACCUAUUUAAUAGAAAAGCUGUGUUCAAUUUUGGUUUUCAAACUAGCUAUAGCAUUUUAUUUGGAUUUCCUGCUAUCUGUACACAGAACUAUGGGUACUUCAGACUGCUGUGAUUUUUCUUUCUUAAUUAUCCAGGACAGCCAUCCAUCAUCAAUCUAUUAGUUUUCUUUUUUGUUUGUUUAUUUUUCUUUACUCCUAGGUUCAUAUUUCAUAGGAAUUUUUUGGUGCCCUUUAUAGAGGAUUGUCAAUGAUUGUAAAGCGCCCUCUGCAAUCAGCUAGUCCCAGUUCAACAACACAGAGAACUGUAAUUGUCAUAUCAGAGUUUUAUCCUGAUGUAUUUGCUUCUCAGGCUGAUAUACAGUUGCUCAUCCCUUUAAAGCGAAGUUUCUGUCUGUAUUAAUUUCUUUUGGGAAUGAAAGAUAGAAACCAGUGUGCGAGGCGGGAGGAAAAAGAGGUGAUGUUGUGUUUUGUAUUUGUUGUUUGGGUUUAAUAAAAUCAACAAACUGCUUUUAGUAGGGUGCAUUUCCAAAGCCUUGCACUGGAAAUCACCCCACUCGGUCUUGUGUUUGCUGGAAGUAUGUACAUGUAUCUUCUGUGCCGUGUUUUCUUUUCCAAGCUUUUUAAAGGAAGUUAAGGGUCUGCUGCUCCUUUCUGUGACGGUAUUGACUUUGCUGGGAGCUGGUCUGGCCAUGCAACCUGUUGCUUUCUGCCUUGCACUUUGAAAAUGUUGUGAGGCCCCCUGCAGAAAAUUGUGUAACUGCAUGUUUUAUCUUUAAACCUGUCAAAUCUAACCCAAUCCUGCACAGCUUUUAAGAUGGUGCUAGGUGAUUUUCAGGGUCUGGUCUUUGCAGUUGUGCAGGAAGUAAAACCUUAGAAAUGAAAAGGGCAGCGGUUCACACAUCUCGGACACAAAGUGUAAAUGGUAACACAGAAUACAGUGGAGGCAGGUCCUUUUAUUUUCCAUCUGUCAGUGCUUCAGAAACCACCAGCCAUCUCUGGCAAGAGGAAAAGCAGCAUUUGUAAACAAUUUGUAGAAGACUAGUGACUGCUUGAAUUUUGAUUCCUGAUCAAUUUUUUUCUUUUCUUCUUUUUUUUGAGGUUUCAUGUGUUUACAAAUAAGCAAUCCUAUUUGAAUAAUUCUGUUGUAUUGUAUGCACAUUUUUAAAAGAUGAAAGCAAAAGCUUAAGCUCAUUCUGCUCCUGGCUUUACUGACCUACCAAAAUACUGUUUGGUUUGGGGGGGUUUUUAGAAUUUUUAGCUGGUAGAAUUCGAUAUGUUGAUGUUUUGCUUUAAGUUAUCUACAGAUUUUUAAGGUAUCUGCAGGUAUUUUUAAAGCUCUGUAGAUCUUUGAUAUCUGCUCAGGUAAUUUUACACAAAUGAAAUCAAAUCUAAGGUAAAUUUUAGAUAUGAGCCUUAAAUUUGGGUGGGACUAAUGCUAAGCGAUUGUCAUGGAGCAUUCUUGCAGACUUAAUAUUUUAUGCUUUUAGGCAGAAGUGAUUGCCAUGCAAGUUGUCCAUUCGUUACUCAAUUAUGAUCUUCAGCUGAUACCUUAAGUCUAUUGUUUCAUUCUUU